AUGAAGUUUGACAGUAGUCAACCAAAGAAAUUUUCAUCGACUCGUAUCACUACUGCUGAAACAGGCACUUCAAGGGCUCAAUAUUUAUAUCUUGACAUAUUCGAUAUAAUUGGAUUAAGCUGGUCAAAUAGUUCUUUGUUAAAUACACCUACUGCAAGAGAUGG